CUGUCAAAAUUUGAUAACUGAAACAAAUUUAUACCAAAGAAUAAUAUGUCAAAAGAUGAUUGAAAUUUGAAACUGUCAAAUUUUUCUUUAGUAUGGUUCAUAUAUUCCUCUUUCUUCGUUUGCUAUUAUUGACAGUAAAUAUGUAUUUUUUGCCUUUCUUUUCUUUUUUUUUUCUUUUCCAUUUAGUUUUUUUUUUUCAUCAUCUUUUGAAUAUCUUUUUGAGCAAAACCAUUCCAAAAUUUCAAAAAAUUCUGGAAAACUGGAAACGUAGUUACAAAUUGAAUCUCAAUCUCGAAAACAGCUCUUUUGUUGGAAAAAGAAGUCAGAUUCAAGAUUGAAAUGCUGGAAACUAUUGAGUAAACUGUACACAAAACCUAACAAAUAUACAAAUAGUUGAAUUAUUUGCAAAUUAGACAAUUUCAUUUUUAAUUUGGAUUUGAACAUCAAUUUCAAAAGA